UAACUGGCAUGUGGAACCAUCUUGAUAGAAACUCAAUACCUGGUGCAAUGGCUAUAUCUAGACACAUAGGCAAACUAAAUCUUUCUCGGACUGCCCUGUUAAUUUGCGAUAUACAGGAAAAAUUUCGCACUUCCAUUUCACACUUCGAUGCAGUAGUACUUGUUACAAAACGUAUGCUAGAUGCAAGCCGUAUUUUAAAAAUGCCUGCAUUUAUAACGGAAAUGUAUCCUAAAGGUCAGUCACUUUUUAUUGAUUGUACCUUAGGUUUCUAUAUACAUUUUUCUACUUGA